UGUAUGUGUAUUCAUCCACACCUUCACAUGCUGCAUGCAGUCAUCAAUGGCGGUUCCUUCCCACCCAUCCUCCUUUCUCUUCAUAUUCUUAUUGUUAUUAUGUAGUCUCCUUUCAGUCCACAGGGUUUCUUCUACUACUGUUUCAGUAGAGGAGGAACCGGAGAGCUUUAUCGUUUUCAUGUCGAAAUCUAAGAAACCCCAGGCUUUCUCCACCCAUUAUCACUGGUAUUCAUCCAUAAUCGGUACACUUUCCCCUCUCUCUAACGACUCAUCAUCAUCUGAGCUAUUGUACACCUAUGAGCGUGUUGCCCAUGGUUUUUCUGCUCGCCUCAGGCCCUCCCAGGCCUCUGAACUACGAAACGUUCCGGGCGUGAUUUCUGUCCUUCCGGACCACGUCCACCAGAUCCAAACCACUAAUACCCCUCAAUUUUUAGGCUUAAGUGACAGUGACCCAUCUGGUCUCUGGCGCAUCUCUGAUUGCGGGGCUGAUAUUAUAGUGGGUGUUCUCGACACAGGAAUCUGGCCUGAGAGGGCAAGCUUCUCGGGCCAGGGUCUAUCUCCCAGGCCUAAUAGUUGGCUGAGCAAGUGCCAGGUGGGUCAAGAUUUUCCGGCGACUUCGUGUAAUAAUAAAAUCAUUGGUGCUCGUUUUUAUUCCACCGGCUACCAAGCUACGACUAGAAAGCAGCGAAUAGACGAUGAAUUAUCGGCGGAAUCGUUAUCCCCCAGAGAUAUGAACGGCCAUGGCACACAUGUUGCCUCUACUGCCGCUGGAUCUAUUGUUCAGAACGCUAACCUUUUCGGAUACGCACAGGGCGAAGCCAGAGGCAUUGCGGUGAAGGCCAAAAUAGCAGUUUACAAAGUUUGCUGGUUCAGUGGUUGUGCCGAUUCCGAUAUUCUCGCUGGGAUGGAUCAAGCCGUUAUAGACGGCGUGGACGUUCUUUCGCUUUCGAUUGGUGGUCCAGAUGGCGGCUCCGCCGGCGCCGCUAGGGAUUACCGUCAGGAUCCCCUCGCAAUUGGAGCCUUUGGUGCGGUGGAACAUGGUGUGAACGUCGUCUGCGCGGCUGGAAAUUACGGCCCCAAACCUUACACUGCUAGGAACAUCGCUCCAUGGAUUUUAACCGUCGGUGCUUCCACUAUUAAUAGGGAAUUCCCGGCCGUGGUGACCCUAGGGGACGGCCGGACCUUCACCGGCACCUCCUUAUACUCCGGCGCAGCCCCAAGCCGAAACCUAGUUUCGGUCAUCUACGGUGGUAACUGUCUUUCCGGGCAACUCGUCGCUUCAAUAGUCACCGGCAAAAUCGUGUUUUGUGAGCAAGGAGGAGGCCCUUCCAUUGUUGAUAAAGGAAUUAUUGUAAACCAGGCUGGUGGCGUAGGAAUGAUCAUUCCUAAUCUUCCUAACGACGGCUACGAGCUUGUCGCCAAUGCUGAUAUGAUUCCCACGUCGGUCGUUACCGCACCCGACGGAGACUCAAUCCGGAGUUAUGUACGCUCCACUACAUUAUCUCCAACUGCUAGAUUCGAAUUCCGGAGAACAGUAAUCGGAGGUUCUCCGUCUGCCCCGCGUCUGGCCGCUAUGUCAGGGCGCGGCCCCAAUAUUAGGACUCCAGAAAUUCUCAAACCAGAUGUAAUUGCGCCCGGAAUUAACAUUCUAGCGGCUUGGACCGGCGCAAAAAGCCCCUCCCAAAGCAGCAAUGAUGGUAGAAGAACGGAAUUCAAUAUUAUUUCCGGCACCUCCAUGGCUUGUCCUCAUGUUAGUGGAUUAGUCGCUCUGCUUCAAAAGGUCUAUCCACUAUGGAACCCUGGUGCCAUCAAGUCUGCACUCAUGACAACAGCUGUUACUCAGGAUAAUUCCGGUAGGAAUCUCAUAGAUCUUUCCACUGGACAAACAUCCGUGCCCUAUUAUCAUGGAUCUGGGCACGUUGAUCCAACCCGGGCUGUAGAUCCGGGUCUGGUCUAUGAUACCGGAAUUAAUGAUUAUGUCGAUUUUCUGUGUACCAUUGGGUACAAUAGUCAGACAAUUGCGUUGUUCUUACGGGAUGGUCCUCUGGUGGAUUGCAGAACGAGAAAUUUGGAUAAUCCCGGCUCUUUAAAUUACCCUUCCUUUUCAGUGGUUUUCAAUAAUAAUCUCCGGACUGUAAAGUACAAGAGAACCGUUAAAAAUGUGGGGAGAAUCAAGAAUCCUGUUUAUAAUGUAGAAGUGACUAUUCCCUCGAACGUUCGUGUGACUGUGUCACCAACCAGGCUGGUGUUUAGUGAGGCAAAUAGUAUACUAUCUUAUGAGGUAACUUUUACCAGUGUUACACCAGUUGACUCGGUAUUCGGGUCAUUAGUCUGGAGUGAUGGGGCGGGACACGUCGUUAGUAGCCCAAUAGCUGUGAUUUGGCGGCAAGCGGUGGAUUUGCAGGCUGAACUCUAAAUGCAUGCAUGAAUGGGUCUAGUUUGUUCUUAUGUAGCCCAUGCAAUAAAAUAGUGGAUAUAUCCUAUCCGUAAAUAAAUGUAUGCAAAAUUGGGCCUUGUUCACUAUUAUGUAGCUCAUAUAAUGAAAUAAAUCCACACGUAAUCUAUUAUGGUGGACAAGUGUUUUUAUGAUAUUGUUAUAACUACUGCAAUAUAUUGUCAUUAAUAUUUGUAA